AUGACAGUGAAGUUGGGAGACGGCGGCGGCGGCGGGGAGGACGGGCUCAAGCGGCUGGGCAAGCGGGCGGCCGACGACGACUCGCUGGAGGGCGAGGGGCCCGGCGGCGGGGACGCGGCCGACGAGAGCGGCGGCACAAAGAGGGACACCAGGACCCCCCGGGACGGCGGCGACGGCCCCCCGGCGCCCGCGGGCGGCCCACAGGCCCCGUCCCCACCGCCCGCCUGCCCGCAGGACCAGCACCACUUCCUCCGGUCCAGCGUGAGGCCGCAGAGCAAGAGGCUCAGGAAGGACUCGUCGUGCGCCGGCGGGAGCGGCGGCGCGGGCGGCUCGGGGCCGCGCGGAAAAGGAGCCGACGGUGGCGGAUCGUCGUCCGGAAAUGGGUCUGGGGCUGUUCCUGCUGCACCUGCGGGGGGCUCUCGCUCCUCUUCCCGGAACUUGGGGUCUUCCAGCGGUGAGAAGGAAGAAGGCAAGAAGGCCCGGCGGCAGUGGGAGUCGUGGAGCACAGAGGAUAAGAACACUUUCUUCGAGGGGCUCUAUGAGCAUGGGAAAGACUUUGAAGCCAUUCAGAACAACAUUGCCCUCAAGUACAAGAAGAAAGGCAAACCAGCAAGCAUGGUGAAGAACAAAGAGCAGGUCCGGCAUUUCUACUACCGCACGUGGCACAAGAUCACCAAGUACAUUGACUUUGAUAACGUGUUCUCCCGCGGGUUGAAGAAGUCGUCGCAGGAGCUGUACGGGCUGAUCUGCUACGGCGAGCUACGGAAGAAGGUCGGGGGCUGUAUGGAUGACAAGAACGCGACGAAGUUGAAUGAGCUCAUUCAGGCCGGGGCUACCACCGUGCGCUACAAAGGGAGAAACCUGCGGAUCAAAGCGCCCAUGUGCCGUGCGCUGAAGAAGCUCUGUGACCCGGACGGCUUGAGUGACGAAGAGGACCAGAAGCCAGUGCGCCUGCCCCUGAAGGUCCCGGUUGAGCUGCAGCCAAGGAACAACCAUGCCUGGGCCCGCGUGCAGAGCCUGGCCCAGAACCCAAGGCUCAGGAUGAUUGUGGAGCUCCACCGGAAGGUCUCCAGCCUCAUUGAGUUCCUGAAACAGAAGUGGGCACUCCACGAAGUGCGGGUCCGGAAGACGCUCGAGGACCGGCAGCUGCAGCACUCGCGAACGGAGCCGUCGCAGGAGAAGGUGGCGCUGCACCUGUUCCCAGGAGAAAGCUGCACGCUCACGCCGCUGCCGGGAGUGGCCCGAGUCGUGCACUCCAAGGCCUUCUGCACCGUGCACUGGCAGGAGGGUGGCCGGUGCAAGCAGAGCUCCAAGGAUGCCCACACGCUGCCUCCGGCGCAGAUCCUGGGCAUCCAGAGUGGGCAGGGCACGGCCAGGGGCCAGGUGAAGUGUCCACGGGGUGGUGCCGAGGGCAAGGGCCCAGGACGUCCCCCUCCUUCCACUGACGCCUCACAGAGCUCUGGAGAGAGUUCCCCUGAAAGUGCCCCUGGGGAGGGGGCCGCCCUGAGCCUCAGCAGCCUAGACACUCCUGACAGACUGCCCCCGGGGCUCCAAGAUGCCGGGGGACGGCUUGAGAAGACCCCCCGGGCUGCUCUUGCAGAGGGCAGGGAUGGCCCAGCCCGAGAGCCUGGGGAUGUGACGUGCGCCUGUGGCCAGGUGCCAGAGCUGGAAGAUGAGCUCUCCCUGCUUGACCCCUUCCCGCGCUACAUGAAGUCCUGUCAGGACCUCAUCAUCCCCGAGCAGUGCCGCUGUGCAGACUCGCGGCCCUCAGGGUGCACCUCCCCAGAGACCCGCAUCCCCAGCAGUGCAGAGGUGGCUGACCUCGCCCGGGCUGGGGCACUAUCCCCUGUCCGUGCCCUACCGGGUCCAGAGCCUCAGCCCGGCCCCAGGCUCCAGCCGGAUGUUUGCACUAAAGACUCAGCAGACGCCCCUGCAGAGGAGCCCCAGGAGAAGGUGAAUCUCUCGGAUCCCUCACCUCAGGGACAGUCUGCUGCCAAGCCUCCGAAGGAUGUCCCUGCCAGCCGGCUAGCCCAGCAGCUCCGUGAGGAGGGCUGGAACCUGCAGACCUCUGAAAGCCUUACGCUGGCCGAAGUCUACCUCAUGAUGGGCAAACCGAACAAGCUGCAGCUGGAGUAUGACUGGCUUGCUGUGCUGGGCCCUGAGGGCCAGGCCCCCGGUGGGCAGGCCCAGGGCCCCCGCACCAGCUCCCCACCCUCCACCUUCCACAAGCAGCGCCUCCUCAGCUGCCUCUUGAAGCUCAUCUCCACCGAGGUCAACCCCAGGCUGGCUCCAGAAGGGAACACCAGCUCCACGGCUUCAGUGAGGCCCACCCAGGAGGAGCAGUCGGCUACGCCCCCAGGGAAGGUGGUGACCGUCAGCUCCCGGAGCCCCCGCUGCCCGCGCAGCCAGACUGCCCUCCGCAACAGCAAGACCUUCUCUCCCAGCUCCACGCCUUGCUCCUCAGGUCUGAGAAACCCGCCGAGACCCCUGCUGGUGGCGGGCCCCUCCAGCACGGGCAGCAGUGACUCAGACGGCGGCCUUUUUGCUGUCCCGACCACUCUGCCGCCCAACAGCCGCCACGGGAAGCUCUAUUCUCCCAGUAAAGAAACAGAACUGACUUUCCGUCAGCACCUGAACUCCAUCAGCAUGCAGUCGGAUUUCUUCCUGCCAAAGCCCAGGAAGUUGCGGAACCGGCACCUGCGGAAGCCCCUGGUGGUCCAGAGAACACUGCUUCCUCGACCGUCUGAGCACCAGUCCCACAAUGUCUGUUCCUUUUCCAUCCUGUCCAAUUCCUCCGUGACUGGGAGAGGCUCGUUCAGGCCCAUCCAGUCUUCCCUGACCAAAGCAGCCCUGUCUCGGCCGAUUGUGCCCAAGGUCCUUCCACCCCCGGCCACGGGCCACCUGGCCAGUGCUAUCGACUUAGCAGCUAAAAGUGCCGGCAUCAUCCCCGGGAGCCCCCUCCCUGUCUUGGACGCUGAGGGCUUGUCUGGCAUCACUCCGCUGUCUUCAGAUGAGGUGGCCCCCACUGUCCCAGGUCAGGACUCCACCAGCACCCACCAGAAUGGAGAUUCCAUCCCCACUGUCGGGGGCACGAGCGACCCGUUCAUCAGUGUUCCCUCGAGGCCUGAGCAGGAGCCGGUGACGGACGGUUUCCAGGGCUCACCCGUGCUGUCCUUAUCCGAGCUGUCCAAGGCUCCUCUCCACAAUGGGCCCUCCGCACCCCUGCCUGCGCCGGAGGGCUCCAGCAGCCGCCUGUCCCCACCCAACGUCUCCGCGCUGCUGGACAUCUCCCUGCCCGGGCCGCCCGAGGACGUGCUCUCACAGGGCGAGCCCGCCACACACAUCAGCGACUCCAUCAUCGAGAUUGCCAUCAGCUCUGGCCAGUACGGUGAGGGAGUCCCUCUUUCUCCAGCAAAACUGAAUGGCAGUGACAGCUCCAAGAGUCUUCCCUCCCCGUCCAGCAGCCCCCAGCCCGACUGGAUCGCCUCCCCGACCCAUGACCCCCAGUGGUGCCCCAGUGACCCCACAGACUCGUCACUCAGCAGCUUGUUUGCAAGCUUCAUCUCCCCAGAGAAGAGCCGGAAGAUGCUGCCAACCCCUGCGGGGACCCACAGCAGCACCUCCCUGCUGGGCCCCAGCUUGCUGGAUGGCAACUCGAGAGACUCGUUUGUGUCCCGGUCCCUGGCUGAUGUUGCUGAGGUUGUGGAUUCCCAGCUGGUGUGCAUGAUGAAUGAAAACAGCAUCGACUACAUAUCUCGAUUCAACGAUUUGGCCCAAGAACUGUCCAUCGCCGAACCCGGCCGCCGAGAGGUUCUGUUUGAUGGCAGUGGAGGUGGCCCCCCCGUCGGUGACCUGUCCCAGUGACCAGACCUUGCCUCUGCUGGGGCAUCCUGGAGGCUGCAGAGGAGGGCUGGUGGUCCUCCACUGCGGUAUAUGUAGCCCUCUCCAGGCUAGAGAAAACAGAAAUCCAGCCCAGGACCCCCCAGAAGACAGUCUGAGCAGAGGACUCUUUGUGCCCAGAACAGACAACAUGCAGGAAGCCGUGUCCCGAUGGGGGCAGAGGG